GCUCUUAGAUUUUAUUUUUCUCAUUUGCUGAUUAGUUUUUCUGUGGCUCCUCCCCUUUGCUUCACCAACAUUUCAUUGGCUUUCGUUCCUUGAGGUGCUGUGCCCGCCUCUUCCCAGAGCACAUCAUCGCCUAUCCCUUUUUCCAGUGAUAGCGAGAGAGAGAGAGAGAGAGAGAGAAAGAGAGAGAGAGAGAAUGGAGAGAAGAAGGAAGAGAGAGAAAGAUGGGGAGGGGGUAAUUUCUGUGGAAAGCAGAGGCUAUGCGCUGUCUGGCUGUUGACAAGGGCAGGCAGGCAGAGGGAGAGGAGAGCGAUGGAGAUAGAGGUUUUCCAGCUCUGAUCUGUGGAGUAUGGGCACUAGGAAAAGCAUCUAGCACAGGGAUUUGAGAAAUUCCUGUGCUCGAGGCAGAUGACUGAUCUAAGACUUGCACCUACAGUGAAGUUUUUUCUGGCACAAGGACCCCAAGGAUGCACGCUCAUUUUGUGCACCAGGUACUUGACACAGAAGUCGGCUGUAUUAAUAUCCAUGCUGCCUGAAGCGCAUGGCGGAAAUCUCGGCUCACAGGAAGCGUAAUGGAUAGACUCUCUGUGGAGAGGCUGGAAUUGUUCUCUCUGGAUUUACCCUAAGCUUCUCUCUCUGAUCCAUGUGUCAGGUAGUCUUCUUGCUUGCUUCACCUCUCUUUAUCUCUCCUGUCUGUCUAGCAACAUCCACACUGUGGUGUAUGGCUGAAAACAACAUGCCUUAAUCUACAGGCAAAAACAAGAUUAAUUCAAAUUAAGUAAUUUUCCUGCCCUUCACACUAGAUGUGUUAUCUGCCGGAAGGUUAUGAAGGUUGUGGUUGCAGUGUUCCAGUGUGCUUAAAUGUCUUAAAACUGAAGAGCAAUCCCAAACACAGGGAAUGAAGAUUCUGAGGUUUUAAGACAUGUGGAAGACUAACAGUUAAGCUAACGAGCACAAAGGACACAGGUAGCAAUUUGGUCCAGUCCACAGGAAGAAUCCACGAUUCAAACAAUCUUCUCUCCCACUCUAAUACUCAUCAAAAUGUCUUUCAGUCUUUUUAUUAGUUGGGAUCAAAACAGAAUAUCUGAUCACCACAGAUCAGUUUAAUCUAUGUCUGCGUCUAUGUGUCUACCCAACUUGGACCUCAUGGAGCAAACUGGUGUAUCACAGCAUAAAACCACCUACCUCAUUUCCCUAACCUUGGUGAAGGUGGAGACUACUGAGGAUCAUGGGAUGGAAAAGGCCAAGCAAAGUGUGGAGGGGGCCACAACUCAGGCUGGAGGAAAACAACUAUCCCCGAAUGCAGACGCAAGCAACAGGGAUCUGAAACAACAGAAACAAGAGGAUGUCACUGAACCAGAAGCAAAGAAAGGUACCCAGCUCAAAACAGAACAGGAAAUACUUCCAAGCCCCAGGGACCAUAAAGCACUUUUUACAGAUGGUGCACAACCCAGUGACAGGAAAAAAUCAAUAACCUCAUCCACUGCAGAAAACGGUGGGGCAAGAGAAGCCACAGGAGCAUCUCAAACAUCUAUAUCCCAGGAUGUAGCAGAACCAACCCAACCCCCCGCCACAAGUGAUGGUGUAGGACGUAUUAACAAGCGGCCUGUUUCCCUUCUAAAGACACACAGUGGUGCCCUCGGUAGUCGUGAACUACGGGAGGCCAGAGACAGCAUCCAUGCUUCCUCUAAGAGCCUGGAUCGUAAGGACAGCAGGACCAGGAUCCAGUCCCCUGCCAGCCCUGCUCCCAGCACAUUUAGAGCCUCCUGGGCUGUGUGUGAGGCCAAACCCAAUCAGGAAGAUCAGAAAGGAGGCACUAGGGUUAAAAUGUCUACAGAAGCUGUGAUAUCCAUGCGGACCCAAAGCCCAAGAGCAGAGAGACUGAAGUCAGGGUCUACAUCUCUUCCAGCUCCUGGCACUGUGGUCUCCAAGCCCCAGCGCAAAGGGAAGAGUCGUACCCUGGACAACAGUGACCUGAACUGCCUGUCCGAGGACCUUCUGAAAGGAAAAGGUGGUCAAAUGACAUCAGACAUCAGGACAGGUCAGUUGCAAGGGACCUCGACUCGUGACCGCAAAAUGCUCAGAUUUAUUAGUGGCAUUUUUACCAAGAGCACUCAAGUCCCAUCCAGCGCUGGUAUGGUACCCCAAGUUCCUAGCUCCUCACAGAGAGAAUCCAGUGAGGAUGAAGCUUCCUUUGCUAACAGUCAGGAAUGGACCUUAAAUCGUUCCAUACCAGAGCUGAGACUGGGGGUGCUGGGUAGCGUGCGAAGUGGAAAAUCUGCCCUGGUAAACAGGUUUAUCACAGGAAGUUAUCUUCCCCUUGAGUCACAUGAAGGUGGGAGAUAUAAAAAAGAGGUGUUGGUUGAUGGUCAGAGUCACUUGUUACUGAUUCGAGAGGAAUCCAGCCUUCCCACUGCACAGUUUAGCAACUGGGUAGAUGCAGUUAUCAUGGUGUUUAGCCUGGAAAACGAAGCCAGCUUCCAAGAUGUGUAUAAGAACUUCAGUGAACUGGGAGCCCACCGCAACACUGCAGACAUCCCGCUCAUAGUAGUGGGCACACAAGAUAAGAUUAGCAGCACUAACGUUCGUGUUAUUGAGGAUAAGCGGGUACAACAGCUUUGUUCAGAUGUCCGACGCUGUACCUAUUAUGAGACCUGUGCCACCUAUGGACUGAACGUGGACCGAGUCUUCACUGAAGUGUGCCAGAAGAUAGUAGCAGGUAAGAAGCAAGCCAGCCUUCUAGCAUCCUGCAAGUCCCUACCCAACUCCCCCAGUCACUCUGGAGCCUCCACGCCUGUGUCUGCUCCAUUAUUGGGACAGGCCAGUAAUGGGGGUCAGACUAGUGAUUAUUCCUCCUCUUUGCCCUCCACCCCUGUGAUAAGUCACAGAGACAUACGUGGAGUGGCAGGAGGAGAGGGAGGCUCUCAGCGAAAUUUACCACGCCGCCGGACCUCCUUGUUCACGAACCGUCGUGGGAGCGAUAGUGAGAGGAAAACUCCGGACAGCAGAGCUGAUGUAGGAGGCACCAAAACAGUUAUCAUCAGACAGGGCACAUUAUGGAAACGCAGUGAACGCUCUCUGAACAAGGAGUGGAAGAAGAAGCUUGUCACACUCACCAACAAUGGCAUUCUGACGUAUCAUUCAAACAUCAAUGAAUAUAGGCAGAACACCCAUGGUAAGGAGAUGGACCUGCUGCGCGUAACUGUGAAAGUACCAGGAAAGCGUUUGCACAGGGCAGUGCCCCCAACUGGCCCUGCACCUGCCUCUACUCCUGCCCCUGGGGUCAAUGGCCUUGCAAAAGACAAACCAGUAUCUGAAGGGGGAACCUCAUCAAUUCUUCUGACUGUUGAUGAGGCUGCUAGUUCUGUAGUGCCAUCUCAAGAUGAACAAAAAAUCAAACGCUGUCCUUCCUCUGUGUCCAAUAAGGCAGUAUGCAUGGAAUCAAGCAUUGAGGGGCUUACAAGCCCUUCUCUGUUAAAAGACCUCACUCCAUCGUCCCCCAUGAGCGACAGGAAGAAGACCAAGAGGAAGAAAAGUAUGAAUGUCAAAGGAGAUGCUGCAGCCAUCCAGGCUGAUGAGGAGGAGAACGCAGACUUUAUCAUCAUAUCAAGCACAGGACAGAGCUGGCACUUUGACACCCAGAAUCAGGAGGAAAGGGAUGCCUGGGUGCAAGCCAUUGAGAGUCAAAUCCUAGCUUCUCUGCAGCUGUGUGAAAGUAGAAAUAAGACUCGGAGAAGCAGCCAGAGUGAAGCUGUGGCACUACAAGCCAUUCGCAAUGCCAAAGGAAAUGAUCUGUGUGUGGACUGUGAUGCACCACAUCCCACCUGGGCAAGUCUAAAUUUGGGAGCACUGAUUUGUAUCGAGUGCUCAGGAAUUCACAGGAACCUCGGGACACACUUGUCCCGAGUCCGUUCGUUGGACCUGGAUGACUGGCCAAGUGAGCUCACCAAGGUGCUAAUGGCAAUAGGCAACCCCAUGGCCAACAGCAUUUGGGAAAAAUGUACACAAGGGCGCCAAAAGCCAACGCCUGAGGCGACAAGAGAGCAGAGGGAGUCUUGGAUCCGGGCUAAAUAUGAGCAGAAGGUGUUUGUGGCACCCUUGCCAACUCAGGAGGAGAGCCCAGGUGAGGUGACAUCAUCACAGCUCCUCAGUGCCGUCACCAACAAAGAUCUUCCCAGGCUCCUGCUGCUCUUGGCCCACAGCACCAAGGAGCAGCUCAAUGUUCCACUGCAGUCUCAGAGCCCCUUACACGCAGCCUGCCAGUUUGGAGAUGUGGUCAUGACUCAGCUCCUAGUCUGGUAUGGAAGUGAUGUGAAAGCAAAGAAUCCUCAAGGCCAAACAGCUUUAACGCUGGCACAACAAGCUGGGAGCCAAGAGUGUGUAGAUAUCCUUCGCCAACAUGGCUGCCCCAACGAAACCUCACCCACUGCGCCCACUCCCAUUCUCUCACGCAAAAGUAGCAUCACAAGUCUUGGACGGAACAAUUCCAGGAGAAGGGUCACAUAACUUUUAAAGACUUCAUGGACAGACAAAGAUUCUUCCUUUCUAGGGAAAAAAAAGAACAGUUUUUAUUUCAUUUUGUUAAGAAGCUAUGUAUGUCUCUCUCUCUAUGGAUGUUCUGCUCUGUCCUCAUUCAUAUACGUCCAUUUAGAUUCCUCAGAGAAGGCAAAAAACGUACUUGUCAGUGUAUGAAAUCAAAUAAAUUACAAUUUCAAGCCAGCUUGAAAUCAAAUACUGAUACUGUUUCAACGACUCAAAAGCAAUAUUAUACAUGCUAAUUAUAUAUCUAUUACAAAGACAAAUGUAGCCUAGAGAGCUUCUCCAAGCAAUCUGUGGAGAUGUAUUCAACAUUACUGUAUGACUCAUGAAACUGUUCCUCAUAAUAAGCAACAUAAAUGAGGCCACUGUGUUUGUAUGGGAAAAGAAUAGUACUUGUCAUUGUGCAACGUUUCUAAGUACUAGAAUUAAUAAACUUAAAUCUUUAAA